AUGGAGAAUUACAUUGCCGUAACGUGUGGUAAUCAAACUGCAAGAGAAUCAACAGCAUUUAACUCCUUUGGGAAACAAGUUCUAAUGAAUCUGCAAACGACAACACCCAAAAGACAAGGGUUUUUUCCAGCCACAAAAGCAGAAUUGCCUGAGAAUGGUUCAACUAUUUAUGCGUUUGCUCAGUGUACUGAAACUAUCACACAGAAUGGGUGCCUCAAUUGCUUGAACAGCGGGUAUAACAAUAUGCUUACUUGUUUUCCAAAUUCUGAUGGUAAGGUCUUUGCAUCUGGAUGCUUCAUGAGAUACUCCACCACUUCCUUCUGUCCUGAUAAUUAUCAGACCAUUGAGGUCGCUCCCUUAUUAGGCAAACAAAAGAGUUGUAUUUUCUUUUUUGCUCCUUCUUCUAGUACUGCAUCUUCAUCAUCUGCUCGUUUCAUCCCUGACACUGUCCUUGGCUGCUCUUUUUUUCUCGUGCCUUUAGAAUUCAAUUCUUCCUUCAGCUUUCACAUCUCCGAUCCUUCGCUUGAUCUUUUUCCAAGUGACUUUAAUGCAUAUUCCCCUGUAGAGCUCAUUACUGUCACGCCUCAAGAUGUUUCCACACAAGCCACGUCUCUUGUGCUCGAACCUAAAUCCUUUAAGGAAGCCUCUUAUGAUCCCUUAUGGCAGCAAGUUAUGAACGAAAAAUUGCAGGCUUUGGAAAAAAUACACACUUGGGAUCUUAUUGACCUUCCUUCUGGUAAAACUCUUAUUGGCUGUCGAUGGGUGUAUAAAAACAAGACUCAUUUUGAUGGCUCUUUAAAGCAAUGUAGUGAUGAUACAGGAGUCCAGGAGCUCAAGAUAUACUUGGGGCAGCAAUUUGAAAUGAAGGAUCUUGGUAACUUGAACUAUUUUCUUGGACUUGAGGCUCAAACAAGAAAGGGGACAUCUAUUGGUGGAGUUGUUGGAGGUGUAGCUUUUCUUUUGAUCCUCUUUGCAUUAUUUGCCUGGAUUAGACGAUCAAAAACCCCCAGAGGAGAUAAAAUAAUUGGAGCAAGCAAGUUAGAUGGCCUAGUUACUUACAGUUAUGAGGAUUUGAAGUUUGCAACCAACAAUUUUAGUGAAGAGAACAAACUAGGACAAGGAGGGUUUGGUGUUGUAUACAAGGGUGCUCUGAAAAAUGGGAAAGUAGUUGCAAUCAAGAAAUUAAAUUUUCGUCAAUUCACAAGGAUGGAGGAAGAUUUUGAAAGUGAAGUGAAGCUGAUAAGUAAUGUUCAUAAUCUAAAUCUUGUUCAACUUCUAGGAUGUUGCAAUAAAGGGAAACACAGAAUUCUUGUUUAUGAGUACAUGAAAAAUAACAGUCUUGACAAAUUCUUAUUUGUUUAUGUUGCAUAUUUGUCAGAGGAUGCAUGGCACUGA